AUGAAUGACUUCACAAAUACUGAGGCCGAGCUUGGAGAACAAAUUGGGAACGAUGAUGGACUCGAAUCCGAUGAAGACCGCCAUGAGGAUGAAGCCUAUGAAGAAGACGAAGGGGAAGAGAUUGAAGACUACGAUGACGAUGAAUACAAAGAAAUCAAUGAUUAUCCGAUCCAAACUUUUCUAACGGACUUUCAAAGCAAGGCUAUAGUGCCCGGCAAACUCGAUUGGAAGAACCCAAAGAUCGUCGAAGAAAUAUGGACGGAUAAUCCAAACCUUAGCAGACCAUCGGAUUCUGACGGGAAAAACAUUUUGCAUCUCCUUGUCGAAAGCUACAUCAUUAAAAGAGGCCCAGAAAGAAAAUGCAUCUGCGAGGCCAUCUCCCACAUCACGGCUAGAUAUCCAGAGCUUGUCCAGAACCGCAGCACCAGCGGCCCGACGCCUCUUUAUAUGGCUAUGGUUAAAGGCGAUCAGUUGCUUGUCACCACCAUCAUCAACAAAUGUAAGCUACAACCAAAUGCAAAGGAUGACGGCAAUAAUAGUAAAGAUGUAACCGAAAACGCGACGAAGGGCAAGAAGGAAAUGGAGAGACGCGAUGAUCCGCUUGCACAGGCACUAGCUGUUCAGUGCAAAGAAGAUGACCGCGAAGAGAAUCCCUUGCACUAUGCACUGCGAACAGAAUCCUCGGCUAUAACGCCUGCAAUUCUUAAUCGGAUAGUGCGGAGAGCACCGGUGGCUGCGAUUGCCGCUCGCGAUUCAGACGGCUUUACACCUUUGCACUACGCGGUCGACUACGGUAAAAGCAGUCGAGCUCAGUUCGAGCUCAUUAUGAUACUGCUCCGGAAAGGGGAGCCUAAAAGGCUCAUUACCCAAAAACAAGCUGUUCUGGAUCUUCUGACAAAUGAUAGCCGCUUGUCAGUUUAUCAACAUCUUAUCAAAACAAGAGAGUAUUUUGUGGAAAGACCAACGGUAAUCUUAACGCAACCAAUUCGACAAAACCCCUCCUCACUCAACAAAGUAAAAACUGAGGGAAAACCCCCAGAAGUGAGGGGGGCUGUUCAAGGCCAAAGUACUCUGGAUGUAAGAGAGCAGGAAUGGGUCGCCAAGGCGGAAGCGAUGAAAGACGUGUCCAAUACUGAUAAGGAGAGAUCUAAGCCUUCCAUUCGCGAAGAAAAAACUGAUGAAGAUGUUAAAGGGGGAAACGAAGGGCCAAGUUUGCCAAACUCAACUCAGAAGAAAGAAGGGCCUGGUGCCGCAAAACAUCGAGAGCAGAGGACAGUCGUUGGGCCACCCGGAGAUUCUUUGACAGAUGACAACGGUCCGACAGCGAACUCGGAGAUUCAACGAAAACAUACUUUACAGCAGAAACCGAUGCAGCAUGGACAAACAAUUGAGGAGCGGAAGCAUGAACGCGAUGACUGGUCAAAGAAGAUUGAGAUGGAGCUUAAGAAGCAAUAUCUUAGAUCACGUCCCCACCAAAGGGCAAUUCAAUUAUUGUACGGUAAAAAUCCCCAAGAUAUUCAAUUGUGUUUCGACUACGAGUGUCAAAGACCCGAGCUCGAUGCAUUGUCCUUUACUGAAAGCUUUGAUAACGUCAAGUUCGAUGAGGUCCUCCAGUACGUCGCCUUUUCAGACGUUCGUAUAAAAAACGACCACAGCAACACAGAUCACAAAGUACGCAGACGUGGUCGGUCCGAUUUGGAGUUUUUUUUCCGCUGGCUUGGGGAGAUAAAGCAGGUAAAAUGCAUCUUAAAAGUCAUCGUCAGAGACAAUGUUGAAAUGCCGCACUCGGAUGAGGUUAUUGAAAGAGCCCUGAGCCCUUUUAACAUCGAAGUGCUUGACUGGAAUAAGCCCGAUAUCGACCCUCUGACAAUAUUCAAUGCAAGCAAUGAUCUAAAAGAGCUUGUCCUGCAUUGGAACGGCAAUAACUCUGUGCUGCGUGCGUGGAGUGAGCCCCAGGGUCUCCCAAAGUUGCAAAAGCUCACGAUGGUCGACCUCAUCCCCGAUGCUACACUUGAAUCUAAAGAUCGAAUGAACAAGAACAUUGACACGUUCCGAAAUCGGCUUAAAGAGCAAUUCACAAAUAGGUAUUUCAUCGUCAAGGUCCAGAAUGGGCGCAAUGAGAUGUUCGGUGAAUUAUCGCCAUCUAAAGGAAGCUCUGUUAAUAAUUUAACUCGAGCUCCUAAAAUCCUCCAGCAUUCUCACCGUUGGCUGAACUCCACAGAAGAAUUCGCAGAACGUAUCUUCAAUGUCUGGGAGAAGAUCGUCAGUGAGCGUCUGAGACCAUCUUCGGUAGAUGCUACAAAGAAAGCAGUGGCAGUCAACCCAGAUAUUCCAGAGAUCAUUGUUGCUGUCAUUGAUGAUGGUAUCGAUACCACUCAGGAGAAUCUCGUUGGGCACAUUCUCCCAGGUCGUACAUUUGGCUACGAGGGCGAUCGAGUUCAGCCGUGGCACGCGUCUGAGAGCGGCCACGGCUCUCUUAUGGCCACAAUGAUCUGCAGUGUCUGUCCAAUGGCUAAGAUAUACCCCAUUCGCCUCAAGACUAGCAAUCGAGACCAUAAGCGGACGAUUGAUCCGCAAUCGGCCAUCGACGCGAUCAAUGCUGCAGUCGACCGCGGUGUGGACAUUAUAUCAAUCUCGUGGACAGUGGCGAAGCCAAAAGGAGAUAUGCUGACUGCUUUUAACAAUGCUAUUCGACGUGCAAUUGCCAAGCCUGUACUUAUACUGUGCUCUUCAAAGGACUUGGGGCACGCAGACGACACUUCAUAUCCCGCGGCUAGUCGUUCUGAUUCACUUAUAAAAAUCGGCGCUGCCCAACCAUCCGGUUUGCCUUACAGUUGGGCGGGCGCUCCUGAAAAGCUUGAUUUUAUAUUUCCCGGUGUCGAAAUUGCUCAACAACAGUUCAUGUCGACACAAAGCGUCGAAAACUCACAAACGAGUGAGCACAAUACAGGCUCAUCUAUCGCAACAGCUCUGGGUGCUGGUUUAGCCAGUUUGAUUAUGUACUGUACUCACAUUGGCUGCAUGUUUGGCUCAGCUGGCCUCACCAAGAAUCAUGUCGACAACUUACACAAAUACGAGUUCAUGGUUAAAGCCAUCCGGGCCUUUGGCUGCAGUAGCAGCAAAGAUACUGGUGGAAAAUUCGUAGAGGUGUGGAAGAAGCUUGAUGGCUGUACUAGUGAGUUAAAAGGCGCUUCAUAUGAAGAAAGCUGUGAGAAGAUUGCAGCAUUGGCACAAGAUUUGAUCAAUAUUACAUCGGAAUAG